AUGCCGUCACCUCAAAAUGUUCGCCGUCUGAUUUUGACGGCGGCUGUCACCUCAAUCACAAUCGCAGGAUCCCUCUAUGGGGCUGGAAUCAAGACCACAGAGGAGAUCUCCCAGACCAAAAAGCAACGCCAGGACGCUACCUUUGACGAACAAAUGAAGGCUCUCCGGGGAAUGCGAUCCAACUUGACUGCCCGGAAAGGGCUAAUCGAAACCCAGAUUCGCGAGCUAGAGGAGAAGAUCCAGAAGAAGAAAGAAAUGAAGGCCUCCGACAAUCAGAACCAACCAGGUGGAGGUCAAUAA